UAAUCAAAUUCUCAAGCCUCCCAUGUUCCUUACAUGGGCGUGAACGCCGCUUCUCUCCUCAGUCAUCUUCUCCGCAGCACCCACAAGUCCACCUCACUCCCCACAGACGCCAAAACAUUAACCAAAACAAUCCUCUCUCACCUCAACACCGGCCGCCUCGGAAAAGCCGUGUCCAUUCUCUUCGCCUUUCCAGAAUCUUUCGAUUUUUCUCUCUACGCUCAUCUCUUCAAAAUUUGCGCUUCAAAUCGAGCCAUUGUCGAGGUCCGAAAGCUUGAGUCUCAUUUGUUCACAUUCAAUCCAUACCCACCAGUUUUUUUGUUGAAUAGGGCCAUUGAGGCCUAUGGAAAAUGUGGGUGUUUGGAUGAUGCUAGAGAGUUGUUUGACGAAAUGCCUCACAAAGAUGGCGGGUCUUGGAAUUCGCUGAUUAUCGCAUAUUCCCAAAAUGGGUUUCCUGAGAAAGCGUUAAAUUUGUUUCUUAAUAUGAACAAUGGCGGAAUAAUCGCUAAUGAGAUUACAUUUGCUAGUGUUCUUGGGUCUUGUGGUGAUGUUUUGGCUCUUUGUUUUUCGAGGCAAAUACAUGGGCUUGUUUUGAAAUAUGGGUUUUGUGGGAAUGUGAUUCUAGGGAGUUCACUUGUGGAUAUAUAUGGGAAAUGCAGGAUCAUGAGUGAUGCAAGGAGAAUGUUUGAUGAAAUCGAGAACCCGAAUGCCGUUUCUUGGAAUGUGAUUGUCAGGAGGUAUUUUGACAUGGGUGAUGGAAAGACUGCUGUGUUUAUGUUUUUUGAGAUGAUCAAGACAAAUCUAAGGCCAUUGAGUUUUACGGUGUCAAAUGCCCUUAUUGCCUGUACAAGUAUUUAUGCACUUAAGGAAGGGGUUCAAAUUCAUGGAGUUGCUAUUAAGAUUAAUGUUGAAGAAGACGAGAUUGUUUCAAGCUCUCUCAUUGAUUUGUAUGCAAAAUGUGGAGAAUUGGUGAGUGCUCACAUCAUUUUUGACCUUCCUAGUUCGAAAAAUUUGAUUAAUUGGACAUCCAUGGUUUCGGCAUAUGCAAUGAGUGGGAGAACUCGAGAGGCAAGGGAGCUCUUUAAUGAAAUGCCAGAGAGGAACGUGAUCACAUGGAAUGCAAUGUUGACAGGGUACAAGCAUUCUUGUCAAUGGGAAGAGGCUUUGGAUUUUGUUUUUCUGAUGCGCAAAGUGACUAGAGAUGUUGACCAUGUCACUCUUGGAUUGAUCCUUAAUCUGUCCGCUGCCCUUUUAGAUGUUGAAUUGGGGAAACAAGUACAUGGAUUUGCCUAUAGGCAUGGUUUUCACUCCAAUCUUCUUGUUGGCAAUGCCCUUCUAGACAUGUAUGGAAAAUGUGGGACCUUGAGAAGUGCUAGAUAUUUGUUCUAUGACCUGAUUGGUUCACGAGACAAGGUUUCUUGGAAUUCUCUGCUGACUAGCUAUGCCCAUCAUCAGAUGAGUGAAGAAGCAAUAUUGUUGGUCUGGAAGAUUCUAGGGGAGACAACACCAAGUAAGUAUACAUUUGGAACUCUUUUGGCUGCUUGUGCAAAUAUUUUUGCACUUGAGGCAGGCAAACAAAUCCAUGGCUUUAUGAUUAGAAAUGGUUAUGAGAUAGAUAUUGUUGUCAGAGGAGCUUUACUUGACAUGUACUCCAAAUGCCGUUGUCUUGAGUAUGCUCUCAAGGUCUUUAAAGAGGCAACUGCACGUGAUCUGAUUCUGUGGAACUCCAUUCUGUUGGGAUGCUGUCACAAUAAAAAGGGUGAAAAGGUACUUGAACUGUUUGAGUUGAUGGAGAAGGAGGGUGUCGUCAAGCCUGACCAUAUCACCUUUAAAGGUAUCUUGCUUGCUUGUAUUUGUGAGGGUCGUGUUGAGUUGGCUAGGCAUUAUUUUAACUUAAUGAGCCAGCAAUACUGUAUAAUACCUCGGCUGGAGCACUAUGAGUCCAUGAUUGAGCUUUAUAGUCGGUAUGGGUUCAUGGAUGAGCUCAAGGAUUUUGUUAAGAAGAUGCCCUUUGAGCUCACUGCUCCAAUGUUGACUAGAGUGUUUGAUGCCUGUCGAGAAUACAGGUGUUCCAGGUUAGGAAAAUGGGCAGCUGAUCGACUUAAUGAAUUGAAUCCUACAGUUCCAUUCCGUUUCGAAAUCAUGGAUAAGACCUGAUUGGGUAUAGGAUGUCCUAUAUAUGUUUUUGGUGGAAGUGAAAUAUACCUUAUAUAGAGGUAGGUUGGCAAUUUCACUAAUGCUAUUAGGACAUAAUUUAGGGAAUUAAUGCAUUGUGACAAUUGGAUUGAUAGUAGAGUGCGUUCAAUGCUGGAACCUACUGACAAUCCAAUGACUACAAUCAUUAAGUCCCCAAAUUAUGUCUCAAUAUCAUUGCUCUAGUAAUUUAGGCUCCCAAUCUUCAAGGUGCUACCCUAUGAUAGGUGGAGGUGGUCGGCUGACCUAUAGGAAUGCCGCUUUCUUGCAGAAGAGUAAAUCCUUCUUGAUAGGAGGAAUGCACCAAGGUGGCAAUUGAAAGCCACAAUCUUGAUCAAAGGUUAUCCCUUGUGGUUGUUGACUUGUGAUGUUGGCAUGGGUGUGUUUCUGGCCCUGGAAGUGCUGCCUCAGCUCAGUCCUCAAGGACAAGGUUAAUACAGGAAUGCCGAGGUCGAGCUGAAAUGGCUUUUUAUUGUCCAAUCAAGGACUGCCUGGCACUUCAUCAUCAACAGAGUUUUGCCACGUCAAACACUUCAUUGCUUAGAGAAGAAACUGUCAAGGGACACCCUCAAGAAUACCCCUCUCAUGUUCCUGUACAGGUUAAUCUUCCUGCAUUGGGAAGAUGUGAUGAUAGUUCUCUGAUCAAAAUAUGAACUUUUGAAGCUAUAAGCAUAGAUGUACAUCAUCACAGAAGAAAAAAAGUAUCUAUAAAAUUUCUCCAUCUAGAAUUGUUUUGGCUGGAACGUUUGAUUGUUAAGCUCUAACCUCAUCUAAAUGGGUGAAAGCUACAACUACAGUCUACAGUCUACAGGACUACUGUGAAGUAGUUACCAAGCUGUAAAUAACAACACUGAAGGAUUUGUUAUAGCAGCUGAUUUCAUUGAAUGAAGAGGAACUAGAGGCAUCAUAUAAACUUUUUUUGCUCCAUUCUAGAAAAACUAG